UGAUAACUCAUGCACAUCUGUGACCUCAUUGUUACUACCAAGGGACUGGAAAUUCCCUUCUGACGUUUAAAUGGAUCUGACAUUUACAGAAAAUGCUGGGUUAUUAGGACAAUUUUGCAACUCUAGGAAUCUAGCUUUUAAAAAUACUUGAAGUGUCAAAUUAAGAACAGAAGAUUCAAGUUGUGGAGUAAGUUGUGUGUAUAUAAACUCGAGGGGUUGAUAACUUUGUAUAUUCAUGGACAGCUAGCACUUUAGGAAGCCAUUCAUAAAUAAGUCAGUUUUAGCUUUAUUAACCACUAUGGAGAUUCUCAAGUCAAGAACAUCGCCUCAUUCUAACGUACCAAGACUGAUCACAAAUCCCUAUGAUUUUGUCCACAAUCAGAAAGAAGCCUUCAAAAUAAAGGACCUGAAGGUGACUGAGAUCAGAACUGAGCAGGAUUUAUUACGAGUGACCUCUCAGGACAAACCGGACAUCCAUCAGGAGGAAUACCUCCUACAGCUUCAGUACCACAUCAACGGAACGCGUGGUCACUUCCUGUUAGUGGACAACGACGGGGUGGUCAGAACCAAUGGACAAAGCAAAGACAACAGGACAUUCCUGAAGAUCAUUCAUAAUUUCACGCAUCGUCCUGGCUUUUGUUAUCAGAUUGUGGGGUGGGGAACCUGUCAUAAUCAGAUGAUACUUUACAUGGAUGGCACAACACUAAAAACAAGGCCUUACAAUCCUUGUCAGAGAGACACCAAUGAUGACACAUUUUUUGCCUUCAGAACGAAAGGAAACAGUGAAGAUGGACAUUACGCGAUUCUAUCGUGGACUGGGCACCCUCUCGCCUUUGACAACCAGGGCACCUACCUGCCUCCCAAUAAUUUGUCACGAAACACUGACACGAUGUACCUGUUUAAGGUUCGGCAAGUGGACCGUAUGAAGAUCACACCUGUGUAAUUCGUAGAUAAAACAUAGAUGUCUUCAGUGAGGCAAAGUAUCAGAAAUGAAUCAAAUACAUUAGGCCCUACGUGUCAAAUACAUUAGGCCCUAAGUGUCAAUUUUUUUUGUUAAACUUAAAAAUUCUGUGAUAAUUUUUCGUAACAUCCACAUACAGUACACAAAAAAUAUUGAUAUGGGUACCCCAUACAACCUAAUCAUGCCAAUCAAAUUUGUUUUUAAUCAUCUUUUCUAAGACUUCUACAGAUUUAUAAAAUCAAAUCCAAUUACAAUGAGAUUGACCAUUCUAGUCAAAUCCUUAACAAUAAACAACACCUCAUACUAAUCCUUGCCAUUACACAAAUACAAAUAUUCUAUUUCAUGAAGUCAUGAGUACUUGCAUGUAAUAUAUUUAUUCUUUUUUUUUUUUUUGAGGUCACUUGAGUUUUUAUAUUAAUUCUUCUUCUACAUGGGGUUAAACAUUAAUGUUUAUCAAGACUCUCUCAACAAGAAUUAGGUAAUUCUGAUAUGUUUUUGUAAUUCAAUCACUGAAACACUAGUAUUUAAAGUAUUUUUUCUGAAUAAUUUAGAUUUUUUUAAUGAUAUUUUAAUCUUUCCAAGCCAUGGAGUUCAUAGGAGUAGACAUUUAUAACUUGUAGACAAAUCAUCAGUGUUCUUUACAAUAUAGUAUACACCUAUUUACUGGCUAUGAGGACAAUAGCAAGUUUAUCGUUCCCCAAGA